GCUUGAAGAAGUAGAGGAACUGGGGAGACAACAUUUUUUGGAAGAGAACUUGAAGGAAAGCUGAAAGAAAUGAUCCAAAUGCUAUUUCUAAUAUGGCCAUGGCUGCUUCAGCUGGUGAGAAGCCUAAGGCAAGAAAAAGAUUGAAAAAAGUGACUACGGAAAAGAAGAGAGAAAUCUGAUUGAACUUUAAUGUCAGCCUGCAGAUGCCAGCUAGAAAGCCUGAUUUCUAUAUGCACUCAAAAGUCCAUAAACUCCAAUAAUUCAGGUUAAAUCAGAGUAUUAAACUGGAAAAGAGAAAAAGCUAAAGAGAUAAUACGAGGUUAUUGCAGAAACAAUAAGUCAAUGACACACCGGGCGAAGUUGUCUCAGUUUCUUGUUGCCUCAGCUGAACUCUCUGGUUCACAAAUGAAGACAGGAAACAUGGACGACGCCUUCCUGUUCACUUCCUUUGAAGUGAUGCUUGAGAGGAUUAAUGCUUGUGGUGAACUCUUGGAGGUAUUCAAAGGACCAAAGCUUAGUGCCUUGUUGAAAAGAUUGAAGAAACCUCUGUUGACUAUUAAACCUGUGCUCAAUGAUGCUGAGCACAAGGAAGAUCUGGAUACAGCAGUCAAGCACUGGCUCAAUGACCUUAAAGAUGCUUUCUACCAGGCAGAGGAUGUACUCGAUGAGAUCUACACUGAAGCUCUACAACGCAAACUGGAAGCAGAAGAGGGAGGUAUUAUGACUCGGGUGCGGAGUUGGAAGCUCCUCGCCAGUCCCACUUCACUCAACAAAACCAUAGAGUACAAGAUAAAGACCAUCGUCCAAAGAUUGGAAGGUCUAAUCAAGCAUAUUGACCCAAUUGGACUAAGAGAAUAUAGCAAUAGAAGAUCUUUUCACAGGCCACAAGUAAGUCCUGCUCUUGCUGAUCAUACCAGAAUCUUCGGCCGAGAUGAAGAUAAGCAGACUCUUCUUAAUCUUUUGCUGUCUGAUGAUGUUAUAGCUGGAAAAGGUUGCUGUGUAAUUCCAAUAGUUGGUAUGGCUGGAGCUGGUAAAACUGCCCUGGCUCACCUUCUUUACAAUGAUGACAUGAUCAAUGAGAACUUUGAGCUCAAAAUCUGGGUAACUAUUGGUGAAAACUUUGACAUUUCCAGCUUGAUGAAAGCUGUUCUUCGGGAACUCAAAUCCCCGGCUUCUGAAAUGGAGGACCAGCGUUCGCUACAAGUUGAAUUAAAGAUAAAUCUUGCAGAGAAGAAAUUUUUACUCAUUUUGGACGAUGUUUGGUCUGAGAAAUCUUCUGACUGGAAAAGUUUCUGGGCUCCUCUCGAGGCUGGAGCAAGGGGAAGCAAGACUGUUAUUACUACUCGCAGCUGUGUUGUAGCAUCAAUCAUGGAGCAGACUGUCAAAAGAUAUGAACUGAAGUUGUUAGCUGAGGAGGAUUGCUGGGAGGUGUUCUCCAAAUUUGCAUUCGAAAGCAGGGGACCUAGUUCCUAUCUAGAAAUGGAAGCAAUUGGAAGAAAAAUUGUGAAAAGAUGUCAAGGCUUGCCUUUAGCAGCAAAAGUAGUUGCACUUCACCUCCGUUCUAAGCCACUUGUUGAAGAAUGGCAUGCUGUAUUGAAGAAUUUUCCAUGUCACAUUAGUGAGAUCCUUCCAAUUUUGAAGCUGAGCUAUGAUUUCCUUCCUUCUCACCUAAAGCGGUGCUUUGCUUAUUGUUCUAUAUUUCCUAAGGGCUACGAGUUUGAGAUUGAAAAGUUAGUCCUCUUAUGGAUGGCAGAAGAUCUUCUACAGCAAACCAAGGGCAAUAAAAGAUUUGAAGAUAUUGGCAAUGAAUACUUUCAUUACUUACAGUCUAGGUCCUUUUUCCUGCAAUCUAGUAACAAUAAGUCAUGUUUUGUGAUGCAUGAUCUCAUGAAUGAUCUAGCAAAAUCAGUAGCUGGUCAAUUUUGCUUCAGGUUGGAAGAUGAUGAAACUUCUCAAAUCCCUGGCAUCACGAGGCAUCUGUCAUUUUCCAGAAGUGACUGCGAUGCUGAAAAGAUUUCUGAGUCCAUACAUGAGGCUAAGUAUUUGAGAACUAUUCUUCCUUAUGAACUGCCAAAUGAUCUCGAGAAUUCUCAAUUAACCAGUAAAGUCUUGCGGGGUCUGUUAUUAACCCUGCAAAGCUUACGAGUGCUUUGUCUGUCUCAUUACAAUCUUAAUAAGCUGUCUGAAUCAAUUGGUAUUUUAAAACACUUGCGCUACCUGGAUGUCUCGAACACUGCAAUUAAAAAGUUGCCUGAUUCAUUUUGUUCCCUUCAUAAUCUACAGACACUACUGCUGUCAAACUGUGGUUCUCUUACAGAGUUGCCAACAAACAUGGGGAAGCUCAUCAACUUGCACUAUCUUGAUCUUGUUGGAACUUCAUUGAAGGAGAUGCCCGUAGGAAUGAGUAGACUGAGAAGUUUACAGAUGUUGUCUAAUUUUGUUGUAGGAAGGCUGAGUGGUGCUGGGAUUGAAGAGCUAAAAGAGCUUCUGUAUCUUCACAGAACACUUCGUAUUUCAGAGCUGCAGAAUGUGGUCCUUGCAAGAGAAGCAAAGGAUGCCAGUUUAAAAAGAAAAGAGUAUCUUGAAGGGCUAGUCUUAAAAUGGAGGGAUAGAGAUCAUACAUUUAGUGGUAUUCAAUCAUUUACAUGCGACCAAGGGGAGGUGCUUGAGAUGCUAGAGCCUCAUCCAAAUUUGAAAAGCUUGAGCAUAAGAUUUUAUGGGGGUACAAGAUUUCCAGACUGGCUAGGUGACUCUUCCUUUUCAAAUAUGGUUUUCCUCUGUCUCAGCAAUUGUAGUUUCUGCUUGUCCUUGCCACCACUGGGAGAGUUACCAUCUCUUAAAGAUCUCAUUAUCGAAAGAUUAGAUAGAGUGCAGAGAGUUGGCCCUGAGUUUUAUGGGAUAAAGAUUCCUCUAAUAAAGCCAUUUCGGUCUCUGCAGACUUUAAAGUUUGACAGCAUGUUAACGUGGGAAGAAUGGGUUUCUCCUGAAGUGCGAGGUGGACCAUUCCCCUGCCUGCGAGAACUCUCAAUAAAGAGAUGCCCCAGGCUGGUAAGAGACUUGCCAAAGGACCUUCCUCCUUUAGCUAGAGUCAACGUUUUUGAUUGUCAGCAACUUAAUGCUAUGGUUCCAAGAUUACCAUCAGAUAUAAGUGAAAGGGAGAAACAAGAACUUGGCAACAAGUUUGAAGACCCACUGUCUGUAGAUGAAGAACUGCAGUUACAUGAAAGUACCCAAAUAUCCAUCAGCAGUGAUGAGGUUAAGACAUGGAAAACUUCACAGUCUCAUUAUGACAAGAGAGAGCAUCCCAUAAGAGAUGAUGUUAUUUUGGAUCAACUGCCAAAACUUUCCGUGAUGGGGGCACUGCAGAUACAUGAUGAUGCCAAGUUCCAUUUUAAAGCAGAAGAUGAAGUGUCACCGCAAGGAUUGAGGCAUGAAAAAGAAAUUACAAGCAUCAGAUCUAGUUUGCAAGAUAUCUCUGCAUUUGAGAGAAUAAAGCUUUCGAGCUCCAGAUCUGGAAGUCUGCAAGACAUCUCUACAUUUGAGAGAGACGAAGAAACUGCCCAAGAUAUCUCUCCAUUUAAGAGAGUGAAGGUUUCAGAAGUUUCCCAAUUAUUUGAAUUGCAAGCAGGCCUGUUUAGCCUAAAAAUUGAAGGAUGUGAUGCCCUAAAGUAUCUGCCCGAGGAAUUGAUGGACAGAAAUCCUCGUCUCCAAGAAUUAUUUAUCAUCAACUGCAGCAAUCUCAAGGUGUUUCCUCGAAGACAUCCACCCACCCUGAAAACUCUAUACAUUCGUGACUGUAGGAAGUUGGAAUUUGUCCAAUCUUUAGUGACAAUUCACCAAGAUUCAAAUCUUGAAUAUUUGUGUCUAGGGAGUAGCUGUGAUACACUUAGGUCCUUCCCUUUAGGCUUCUUUUGGAAGCUUAAAAGUCUUUCUAUCUGGGAUUGUGAAAACUUCAGUGGCAUUGAUAUUCCAGUGGGACAUGACAAGGAUCACAUUUCACUCGAAGUCCUGGAGAUCAGGUGUUGCCCGAUGCUGGAAUCUUUCCCUGAAGGUGGAUUGGCAGCCCCAAAACUGAGGACAGUUUUGAUUUUCAAUUGCAACAAUCUCAAAGCACUUCCUAAGCAGUUUAACAAGCUCUCUUCUCUUCAAUCCCUUGUCAUAAAUGGAUGCCCAGAAAUUCUUGCUGUUCCAGAUGGAGGUUUACCUUCCGACAUAAGCACACUUUGCAUCAUCAACUGUUACAAGCUUACACAGGAGCUGGCCUGGGGGUUACAAAAUCUUGAGAACCUUCACUGUUUAGAACUUGAAGGUGAGUAUAUUAAAGUGGAAUCAUUUCCAGAGGAGAAGCUGCUGCCUAGAAAUCUUUACUCUCUACGUAUCAGUAAAUUCUUAAAGCUCAAGGUCCUGCAUUACAAAGGGCUUAAACAUCUAAAAAGUCUUGAAACAUUAGAAAUAAGCAGCUGCAACCAGCUUAUUGGUUUACCAAAUGAGGGCCUUCCUUCAUCAUUGUCAUUUCUGUGUGUAAAUGAUUGUUCGUUACUGAAAGCUGCAAUUCAAAAGAAGGGGAAAGACUGGUACAAGAUUGCUCAGAUUCGACACGUACUUAUCGACAAUGAAGAGCUGCAUGAGAUAAUCUAAAAGCAAGAUCCCUUCUCAUUUGAUGUAUGUUAGGUGAUGCUUAAGCAUUCGUGCAAUAAACUGUUCAACAAACCGAAUAUGCUCAAGUCCAGUCCAAGUCUAUCUCUAUUUCAAGUACUUAUUUGUUACUAGGCCUAAAAAGUGAUACCCCAAGGUAAUAACUGAAUAAGAAUUCAAGACCUUCAUGACUCAAA